GAUAGUUUCUUUUUCUGUCGAUUGUGUUUACGUCUCCUUUGGUCCUUUCCUUUACCUCGUGGAACACUGUUGAUGUUGAUUAGUUUUCUUUACUUAUUGAAUUUUUAAAAUAAGAAAUGGGUAAAUUAAGAACUCCUGAGGAUUUGAAGAAAAUCAACUGUCCAAACCAUAUCAAGACAAAAGCGAUUCGACAAAGUAUAAAUUCCAAGGAUAGACAUACCAAGAAAAAGCUGAAAAAGAAAGAACGUCUGAAAAGAAGAAAGGCAGGAGAAGCUCCAGGAAUACCAAGAACUCUUGAAAAUACUAGAGAAAAAGAUGAAACUGUUUUGGAUACUGCCGAAACCGAACGUGUUGAAGAAGUGGAACAAGAUGUGGCUACCGAUGAGUUCCAGAACUAUUUUGAAAAGAGCUACGAACCGAAAGUUCUCAUCACUUUCUCGGACAAUCCCUUGAAGAAGACCAGAGUCUUCGGGAUAGAACUGAGCAGAAUCAUACCAAACUCGUUGGUGAGGUACAGAAAUCGUGCCAGUGUGAAAAAGAUGAUCGAAUCUGCGAAACGUAGGAAUUUCUCUGAUAUCGUUAUUGUCAAUGAGAACAUGAGGCAGCCGAAUGGACUUCUGCUGAUUCACCUGCCUGACGGUCCGACGGCUCAUUUUCGACUCAGCAAUGUUAAAAUAACCACCGAGCUGAAGAAAAAUCACAAAAAUAUAACAGAGCACAGACCUGAAGUGAUAGUGAACAACUUCUCCACCAGACUGGGUCUGACUAUUGGCCGAAUGUUGAGCUCUGUCUUCCACUAUGACCCUGAAUUCAAAGGCCGCAGAGUAGUUACCUUCCACAAUCAGAGAGACUACAUAUUCUUCCGGCAUCACAGGUACGAGUUCAAAGAUAAUGCCAAGCCCAGACUGAAAGAGCUCGGACCCAGAUUCACACUGAGGCUGCAAUCUCUGCAGAAAGGCACAUUCGACAGCAAAUGCGGUGAAUACGAAUGGAUUCAGACCAGCAGGAGGCAUGAAAUCGAAACCAGCAGGAGACGAUUUUUCCUAUAACUACAGUAUGUUAUUUGUUUCAUUUUAAAGUUCAAUAAAUCUUCUAAAAGCCAA